AUGUCAACCCUCUCGCCAAAGGACAUACGGUGGCUUGUGAUCCCCAAAGAGCAUGCCACUUUUGCGCAUGAACUAUCAGACGAAAGCUUGGCGGAUCUACUCCCAGUCGCCAAGAGGGUCGCCAAAGCUCUUGAUGCACCAAAUUACAACAUCUUGCAAAACAAUGGCAGGCUCGCUCAUCAAGUAGUCGAACAUGUACAUUUCCAUAUCAUUCCUAAGCCGAAUGAAGAAGAGGGCUUGGGGGUAGGAUGGCCAGGAAAGACAGUGGACAAGGAGGAGUUGAAGGCUUUGGCUGAGCAGAUUAGUGCCAAGAUCUGA